GCGCGGCGCAGUGACGUCACCGGGAGGCGGGACUUCCGGCUCCGCGCGCCCUCCCCGCCCUAUCUCGGGCCAGGCUGGAACUGACCCCACUCCCACCCCCGCAGGCGACAGAUCUGUGCUAGGUCAGCAGUGAAAGCUCUGUGCCAGUGGGAUGAAGGAUCUGUGCCAGUAGGUUGAAAGUUCUGCACUGGAGCCAGGAAGCAACACUUAAAGCUGAAGCUAAAGGUGAGGCCAUCACUCUUGAAAUAUAUAGUUGCACCAUGAUGUUCUUAUCACACUGACGCUGGACAGGCUGUGGCAGAAGGGAAUUGCACUGGUUCCUUAGAAAUGGAUUCAAACACUGAGGAAGACAUUCCUGUCCGUGAGGAAUUCUUGCUGUGUGGUGGAGUUGAAACACAGGUUAUAAAGUGUGGGCCCUGGACUGACCUCAUUAACGAUCCAAAUGGCAGUAGACCUAAGUUGCUUAUUUGCGUCAUUCCUGGUAACCCAGGUUUUUCUGCCUUUUAUGUGCCGUUUGUAAAGGCUUUGUACUCUUUGACGAACAGACACUUUCCAAUUUGGAUUAUCGCUCAUGCCGGCCAUGUCUUGGCUCCCCAAAACAAGAAGACGGAUGUGACGUUGGAGGAUCCAAAUGCUCAAGAAAUUGAGGACAUCUAUGGACUGCGUGGUCAAAUAGAGCACAAAAUCUCGUUUCUGAGGACUCAGGUGCCAAAGGAUGUGAAGCUUAUCCUCAUUGGCCACUCAAUAGGCAGCUAUAUGGUUCUUCAGAUCUUGAAGUGUGUCCCAGAGCUCCCAAUACAGAUAAAUAGGACAGAGACAGGGAGAGCUGGUGGCUGCCUUAUCGUACCUGUUACGUGGACCUGUGUGAGCACGUGUUCAAAGAGUAAAAGGGGACACAGUUUCUGAAAUGAGUGCCUGCGAAUCUGGGAUCGUCUGGAGUUCCAACAUUACAUUGCACUUGCAGUCUUCCAUAAGGGGAUAUUUAAGAGCAGUUCUCAGCCAGUCCAUAGAUAAGAAUCUCAUCGGUUUUGGGAGAGUAUUUUGCAAAUAUUUAUGCCUAGGGGCUGGAGGUUUAGCUCAGCGGCAUAAGCACCUGCCUUGCAAGCAGGCGGUUGUGAGUUCGAUCCCCGGUACCGAUAAAAAGGAAAAAGACAAAAAAAAAGAAAAUAUUUAUGCCUCUCUCAGAAGUAAAACAAUGUAUCAUCAUCAUCAACAUCAUUAAUAGGCCAACAAUACAGAAGACAAAUCUUUAGUCUUGAGUCUGGCUUUUUAUAUAUUCUUGACUUGACAGCCUUUUUGAGACAUUUUGUUCCUUCACACAUACUUCUUGGGUGCUGCUAUGUGCUAGAUGUUAAGUGACGAACUGAAGUCACAGAGAUAUAUUUGAAGUGAGCUACAAGAGACUUAAAACAAAAAGCUGCACUUUGAGUAACAGUGUACCAUUGAAAUGACCCACAGGAUAGAUGUGAUUGGCAAAAUUAUUUAUUCAUUCAACGGACAUAGUAAGGACUGUCAUGUAUCAGGCACUGUACUAUGCUGACAUCCGGUGAAUAGGAUGGUCUUUGAGGUCCGAGAGCCUGGAGUGUGAUUAAUAAAAAAAACCAGACUAGCCAACGGUGGUGACAGCUGUCGCCUGCUGCAAGAACUGGGAGUGUGGGAACAGGCAGCAGUGCUGUCUCACCUAGUAAUUGUAAGGCGGGGAGGAAGGGACCUCUCAUGUCGCCUCUUUGUAGGAUCUCAGGUUUUUCAUCCCGCAUGGUAAAGUGUUUCCCAGAAGGUCUCGGAGCUCCUUGGGAAUUUGCUCCUUUUCCCGCCCACUUGACUGAUCACUCAGUGUGGCCCUCAGAAAGAGAACAGCUGUAGUCUUCCUCCCAAAUGGAGGUUUUUAAUUUUCUUCAAUUUCAUUAGGAAAUGCAUUUUUCAUUUCUAAGUGAAUUCAGUAAAUUCAAGAUUAUGUUCUAAUUUGCAUUAUUGCUUCUACUCUUCGGGAGUUUUUCUAGAAAGCGUGGUUUAAGACAGAAGGGUAGGCUUUGCUUUUGCUUUUUGUCCUGGAUGUGGCUUAUCGUGUCUUUGGUGCCGCUGAAUCUCUGGCACCGUGCUGUGUGAUUAGCAGCUCUCUGGCUUUCUUCCUUUGUCUUUGUGGUUUUCGCUGCUGCCUCUUGGAGGUUCCCACGUGCACACUGCUGUGAGCUCUCGCUCUAGAGCCAGCACACUUAGAUUCAAAUACUUCAGUGACCUUGGACAAGUUAUUGAGUCUCUACCUCAGUUUCCUCAUGUAAAAUAGCACUAAUAAUACAUCCAGAGUAUCUUUGUGAGGAAUUAUAUCAAGUAUUAAAUAACAGUACAAGUAUUGUCUACUAUGAUUAUUGCUAUUAUUAUUCUACAAGUAUUAUCUACUAUUGUUAUUCUGGAAAUGACACUAGAAUCAUUGGCAUGGUCACUAGAUUAACUACCUUAUUUGUUGUCUGCUGCUGUGUAUCAGGUUGCCUCAUAGCUUAGCACAGUAAAAUCAUAUACAUGUAUGAGAUUAUAAUACAUCUAAUUAUAGUCAGGGCUUACAAAGGAAUAGAUUUAAUACAGGACACAUUAUGUUACAAUCCUAUAAAUUCACCCAAAAGUCAAAUGCAGAGAGUACAGGAGGUCUGGUCCACAUACUAGAGACCCAGAGAAUCCAGCCAAGGGCCUGGAUCCCACAGCAGUGUCCUGCAUGGGUCCAGCUGGAGGCCAAGAGCCCACGACAAUGGCUCAUGCAAGUUGUAUCAAGGAUCUGCACUGGGAAGGCCCAAGGUCAGUGGUGGAAGCAAGAAAAUCUGCACCAGUGGGAUGAAGGAUCUGUGUCAGCAGGCGAGGGGUCUGCACUGGAGCCCAGAAGUGAUGCUCAAGGUAAGGACCAGAGCUCACAGCCAUCCUCAGUGACAGCAAGAAUCCAGCUCCUCCAAUGGUAAGAAUAAGUGAGUUAUCCGGAAAACCAGCGUAACAAGCUUGCCCAGGAGAACCUACAGCAUACACCUUCCCUCCAGGUCUCCUUUUAAGCUGUUGAAGCAGUCCUCAGCUGGGCCCGCCACACCUGGCACCAUGCUGACUCAGUUUAGAUGGGUGUUACAAGCUGAUCAUUAGUUAACCCACCACGGAAUGUGAUCAGAACAUGCAGUGAAUGGUCAAACUUUUCAAAUUUGUUACCCUAAAAGACAUAUUGUCAUUAAUUUUCCUCAAAAUACUCCCCUUUGUCAUGGCUUAUAUCUAGAUAUCCCCUCCAAGCCUUGUGCACUCCUAAGUGAGGCUUGUCAGAGCAGGCUGGAUCUAGGGUGUGAUGAUACUGGGACUAGGGUCGUGUGAUAACGAAAUCGGUUUGGCAUAGUUCUCCGUGUGGAUGACGGGAGCCCCGCUGGGGCAGGAGGCUUGGAAGGCCUGGGCGGAUAUAGAGGGGCAGGAAGAACGCAGGCUGCAGCUCGCUGCCUUCCUGCCUGCCGCCUGCUCUGCCAUGCGCUGCCUCCUCUGUGAUGCCCCUCUGCCAUGCCACAUGUGCCAGACAUCAGUAACAACAGCAGAGCAGAGCACAAGAGCCACCUGCGUCUUUACUGAGUGACUCUCACACGGUGGUUCUCGUGUUUACAUUCUUGCAUAGUGCUGUAACCGCGCCUGCGUGUUCACCUGUGCGAAGUCGUGGUUACAUAACUGCAUCCCACUGUGCGCCUGCGCGAGACAAGCAGGGCCACUUCUGCAGGUGUCCUUCGGCACCCUGAGCUUUGAAGCAUUCUGAGUGGUUCCCCACAGUGGGCCAAAGCAAACCUUUUCUCCUUUUGCUUGUGGGUGUCGGGUAUUUUGUUUCAGCAACAAGGAAAGUAGCUAAGACAUCCUUGCUUCAGAUACACUUACGGCAUCAUUCUUGCCGCUUUCUUAAGCAGUUCUGGAAUCCUGUUUUGUGUGUUAACAAGGCAGGAUCAAAAAUUUGGUGAAUGCUGCUGCUGAGUGCCACUGAGUAGAAAGCCAGGCUCAUGAUGUAAUGUAAUAUAAUGAUGUGUCCUCACCCGCUGCAUUUACAAACACAGCGCAUUGAGACUUCCGGCUCCUCCCCAAAGUCAGAAGGACCAUGAAAGGUGAAUGUGCUGAAUUGAUUCAGGACACUGAGACAGACACAACAGUGCACCUGAAGACAGGAAAGAAGACUUCCGGAAUUGUUCAAAAGUAGCAAGAGUGAUUGCUGAUUGUGUUCAAAGUAAGAGAAAACAUUUUGAAAGGAAUUAGUUGUAAUACGUCUUUACCGUAAAAAUCUAAAGAGAAAGCGCUUUAAACAUUCACCAUACAUUUUGGACACACCUCAUACUCUGUCACAGUUUCUGGUCAGAAAUCUAGCCACAGCUCAGCUGAGUCCUCUGCUUAAGGGUCUCUCCCGAGAUUGUCAUCAGCCUGCCUUCACGGCCUCAUAGGAGGACUGACCUGAGGUCUGCUUCCAGGCUCGCUGUGUGGUUGUUGGUGGGGUUCACUUCCUAGCAGCUGUUGGACCGAGGGCCUUAGUUCAUCCCGGGCAGUCGGCUGGGCCUGACGUUCCUGAUCGCUGGCUUCAUGACAGCAGACUGGUGAACGCUGGGGAAGGAGUCUGUUGGCAAGAUGGAAGCCACAGACGGUGACUCAGUUACAGCCGUGACAGCGCACUCUCGCCGUUCACGUUGGCGUGAGUCACCAGGUCCAGCCUGCACUCACGGAGGGCAGGUACACCACGGUGUGAACUCUCAGAGGCCAGGGACACUGGGCACUGUGUCGGAAGCUGCCUGUCCCUCUGCUCAAAAGCUGGAUUUUCAUCAGUGUGUACAAUCAAGCAUGUAGCUAUAAAAAUGUACGUAAGUCAAAAUAUUGAAUUUAUUUCCUGCUAGAGACAUGACUUAUCCCUGUUAAAAAGAUUCAUUAAAUGGAUAUGAAAUAAGAACUUUUUGCUAUUAGUUAUUAUUUUGUUUAAAUCGUUGUAAACAUUAAAAGGGGCACUGUGUGAAGUAAUAGCAGCAUUGCUGUUCAGUACACAUGGGGAGAUACUCAUCCUCAGGCCGGCCCGCUCUUGUGUUCAUCCCAGGCCUGUCUUCAGUGUCGCUUUCUUUGCCCAGCCCCUUUCUGCUUCUGGUACGUGGUUUCUCUUAUGUGUGUCUGAAAACAGCUGUGUAACACAUCCGCUCGCGCCUUCUUCUCUUUUGGUCUUGCAUUGCAGUGUCCUUGAGAACGAAGUACAGCACUUCUUGCAGUUAACGCCUCCCCUCAUAGCUUAGGUUCAUUACCGAGUAACUCCUGCAUUGCCUGCGGGGUUCCCGCCGUGGCGGGAGCCGCAGUGGAAGGGACCAGGUGUGGCUCCGUGGUACCGCAUGUGCGCAGCAUGUGUGGAGCUCGGAGUGUGAUCCCCUCACCAAGAGGAAAAAAAGGAAUCAGGGAGGGAAAAGGAAAGGAAAGAGGAGGGUGUGAAAGAAGGGAAGAAAGAAAGGGACCAAAAAUAGCAAUGAAAAAGAUGAAACACAAACUUAAUUUUUGGAGAUGCAACUCAUACUGUGACCACAGAGUUUUUAGAAAGAUGUGAAACUGUUUUAUCUUUAUAAAGAGAAUUCACUAGAAAAUGAUCAUGUGAUAAAUUGUCCAUAAAGUGCACCCUUUGGGGGAAUGGCAAGAGGAUGGGGCAUCUGCGUGGUUGUUUAUUAGUGGAAGCCUUUCUGGUUUUAAUUAACAGCACUGUUAAAAUCCUCCCGCCUCCUCCCUCCCCGGUUAAACACCUGGGCCGGUUCAUGUGAGUGGCGUGAUCCCUGCUGAAGUGUUGAAAUUUCAGUGUCUCUGGGCUGCUCCAAGACAACACAGGGCCUGCACGCCAAAGUUAGCACGGCACGCUCCAUUUGAGACGUGCUUGACAAUCAAGUAAGUUUGUAUAAGCCAGAGUUUUGCAAUUCCUAAUCAUUUUGCCAAAAAUAAGUUAACUGUUAUGUUUUAUAACAUAUGAAGUGUGAUAAUGAGAAACUUGUGUUUCCAUCUAUCCUGUUAUUUUUACUGGAAUUUUUGACUCCCGUCAGGUUUUGAGGACAUAUUUGUAGUUCAGUAGCAGAGCUAUUUGGUUUUGUUUUGCUUCAGUUCUUUGUAAUAUUUUUGUAACUAAUUGUAGGCAGUUUUGGUCUUAUUUUAAGAACGUACUGCAUAUGUCAGCUAUAUUAUCUGAUCAACAUUGGAUACUAAAAAGAUUACUUCUUCAAAAAACUGAUAUUUAAAAAUUUUGUUUUUUCUUUUUAUAAGUUUGGUAUAUAGACCUAUUGAAAAUUUUCGGAUAUUUUACCACUCACUGGAGUCCAGAAUAGGGAACUGGAAAGGCAGUGUUAUGGAAGAUUGCAUGGUUGUAGUUGUUAUAAUUUAUAAUAAUCACACUUGUUUUUAAACUCAGAGGACCUUAGACUUGAUGUUGGUGUUAGAUAUAAUCAGCCCAUCUUUCAUUUUAUAGGUGAAAAGUGAGAGGGCCUUGUCAGGAAUCACUGCUGGCACCGUCGGAGCCCUGGCGUGGGUUAUGCUGUGGUUUGAUAAGUGUCUGCCAGAGACCCCUGUUGAAGGCUUGGCCACCACUCGUGGCACUUUCCAAGGGCCGUAACCUGAAGGAGGAGGGCCUCGUGGGAGGAGAUGCUGUCACUGAGCAUCACAGCAGGAGCCCUCUCUUCUUGUCUUUGCAGCAGCCAUCAAGUAAACAGGCCCCUCUGUCACAUGCUCCCCGUGUGAUGUCUUGUGCCACCAGAGGCCUAAACACCAUGGUCCAGUGGGCACGGACUAAAACCCCCAAAACUGUGAGCCAGAUAAAAGCUUCUCCUCUUUAUAUGUUGAUUAUCUCACAGUACCAGAAAAUGGAGAGACACAGGUGUGCUUACACCGGCUGUGGGUGUAAGAGUCUAAGGCGGUACCUGCUGAUGGCUCUUCCAGCUGUUGGAUGUUAGUGAGUCCUCCUGUGCCGUGACUUGCAUCUGCAGCGUGCAGUUAAAGUGGCUGUUCCCCGUGCCACAUCAGGGAGUAGGAUGUCCUGAGAACGCUGUAACAAUUUGGAGGGAGGGGGCAGCUGACAUGGAAACUAAACAGUAGUAGGAGUAGUUACCUCCUUAGUUACUCGUCUUGCUGCUGAGACAGAGUAACAGGCACCCCAGUUAAAGGUCUCAGUCCAUAGUCAGCUGGGGCCAAGGGAGGGAAGUGGACUGAAGGGAGUCCCAGAGAAACAGUUCAUGGCUUGGCUGGCUGCAGCGGCGGCAGCAGCAGCCUGCCUCCCCAUCACAUUCCUCGGGACUAUGAGCCUGCUGAUUGGUACUGCUCACAGCCAGGGUGGGGCCUCCAUCAUCCACGCCCAGAACUAUGCCAAACCUGUUUAGUUACCUACACCCUUAACCCAGCACCACACACCCGGGAUCCAGCUACCUCCAAAAGGCCUACCCAUGAGCACAUGGGGCUUUGGUGGGGGUAGGGGGAUGCACAGAUAUAAGACGUAAUACAUCCCUUUGUCCAGAGUCUGCUUUCUGUCAUUAUCAUGCUCCGAUUGUUUAAAAUGUGCCGUCUGGUUUUGCCAAUCUGACUUUAGUGCCUAAAGUUUAAGACUAGAGGUUAGCUAGAGCCUGCUCUGAGUUCUGUGGUAAACUUGAGAUAAUACGGAGGAGGGAAGAGAGAAAAGGAGACGAUUCAUCUGUCAUAGUAACACAUCGGGUGGCAAAACCACCCGGCUGAGCCUUUGGAUGACCCAGAGGGACCGUGAGGAGGCAUAAUCGCUGCAGUUUAAGCCGUAGGGUCCGUGGGCUCGUGGGUGGUGCGUUACACAGCACUGGUAAGGGAAGCCGGGUAUCAGAGCUGAGUGUGGGAGAGGCCGAGAGGCUGAGAGCAUCUGACAGCGGGUGUUAGGCUGGAGGUCGGGAUGAGCCUGAAGGGAAUGCUUCCGUGAAACAGCGGCCGGAGGCGCAGGAAGCGAGGUGGUCAGUAAGACAGGUCUCUAGGAGUGCGGCCGUGCAGCAGAAAAGACAAGAUACGGUGAGGUCAGAGAACUUUGUCCCCUGUAUUUGGAGAGGAAAAUUUAACAUUUACCGAGGGAGCACAGGCAGAUAUUGAAACUGGAAGGGAAAUGGGAGCAUCUGUUGUGUCAGUUCUCCUUCUGAUCACCUGUCAUACCCAUAUACUUGAGAACUAGGAAAAUGAACCUUUCUUAAUCUUUGCGUCCCUGUAAGUGUUUUUCUCUGGUGGGGGAUAGCACAUGUGACUUACAUUUGGUUUUUCUUUCAGGUUAGAAGCCUGAUGAAGUUUUAAACUGAUGUUGCUGUCAUUACUAAUAACAAUUCUGUGUCAUGUUCAUUUGACGCUUUUAAAAUAUAUUCACAUGAAUGAGGUCAUUUAACAGUUAAUUUUUCUCGCCUUACAGUGAAACUGAGAUUCUAAGGGUUUUGUGUCCAACCUGUAUGUCGAUUAUGGCGAAGUGACAGAAGGGCACUGUUGUUUUCUGACUUUCCCAUUAUUUGCUUUCCAAUUGAGUUGAUUAGAAAGUUUAUGAUUAUAGAUGGCUACAGUAAGUUACUUUCACAAACCUCUAAAAACUAUUUAGCCUCAAUUUAAAAAUUCUGUUGCUAUUUCUUUAAUACUUUGAUUCUUCAAAUACAUAAGGAGGUCUGUUAGUGGAAGGCAGGUGUGUGCUUAGGGGGGCACUAGAGAUGUGGGGGGGAAAUGACAGCACAUGGUAAGUGUUACGGAGCAGGAGACAGAGAGCCCUGGGCAGAAGAGGAUGGGUCACAGCCUUCGAGCUGACCUGGAAGGAAGGAGACGUUGCUGGGAGAGGACAGACAACUCUGCAGGCAUAAUUCCUCAUCAGCUGUCACUUGUCUACACGGGACCCAUCAAUGAACCCUGAUGUGUGAAAUCACAGAGAUCACACAGUCUGUGACUAACUAUUCUAUUUAUAAAAGACUUCAUUUCAGAAAAUGAUAAAUCUACUGAGGAAGGUUUUGUCAAAUGCAAUGAAAUACAGUGAUCCUAGUGACUUACAAAGGUAUUUAAGUAUAUACACAUGUUUACCUGUGCACACACACCGUCUUGUCUGAAGCACCUAGGAGAAUCUUUGCUGAAAACAACACACUUGGGAAGUUUCAACUUUUCAAUUUUAGCCAUUUUUUUAUUAUCUGUAUAUUUUUAAAAUCCUGAAAUUGCUUUCAAAGUGGAAAAAUUAUGUGGGUUUUUUUUUCAUCUUUUCUAGCUAAAAAACUAAUAUAUUUUUCUCAAACUUUGCAAAAAAAUAUCACCUUUGGACUGAAAUGAAGCAUGGAAAAUUUCACCAUAAUGGGCUAAUUUUUUGGAAAGCUGCAAGAAAGUGAAACUGGGUUUUAUAAUACAACAUUUUUCCUGCAUGUCAAUACUUAGUACUUUAUUUACUGCAUUUCAUCUGAGAAUUUCUGAAUGCUUUUUAUAUUUAAAUGCCAAGCCACUUAAAUAUUUGUGUGUCCAUGAUGUUCAGAUGUAGGAAAUGUCUCCUGUCUUUUCAAUUUUUCGUAAGGCGGCUUCCCGGGCUCAGGUAGGGGAACUGACGCAAAGUGGCUAAGGACCACAUAGACCUUUACACCUCCUGCCUGGUACGUUUUUGUCAUUACCUGUUCCUGCCCAGGAGAGUAGGCUAUCGCAGAUGACACUAGACGUGGAAAGCAUGUCUAGCAUAUGGACGGCAGCUGCCAGGGCGGUGUCGGCUUCGCCUGGGAUCUUAUUAGAAAUGCACGUUUCAGGGCUCAGCUGUGGAGGGCGGGCACCAGUCAGUGCUGUGUCCAGUGCUGACCAUUCGGUCAGGUUCAAGCUUGAGAAUCAUCCACUGAAGCUUUUUGAAAGAGUAAAGCACAGAAUGAAUGAGAAUGCUUUUGACAGUUAAACGUGUCCCUGGUCUUUCUGUGAUAUACCAACUCUGUCUUCUAGCACCUCGUGGAAGCAGGAGGAUGCUAGUCACUUUCUUUACAGGUAGUUUUUGUAUUAAUGUUCGCUGGCUCUUCCCUGGCACUUAGGAACCUGUCCACACACCAAGAAUCCCUGCUAGUUCAGAGUAACAGCACCGCCAACCUGUGUUUUGUCAUUCUCUUGAGUUACCAGAGUCAAGCCUGGUAUGGACGGGCACUAGACAGUAUUUCAUUUUCAUCUCCUUGAAGUCUUUAAUUCCAAGAUUGAUUUAUCCAUUAAUUAUUUGUGGCGCAAUGGAUUGAAUCCAAGGCCUCACACAUGCAGGCAAUCGCUAUAUCGCUGAGCUACAUCCCCAGCUCCUGACAGCCAGCGUAUAAACAGAGGACAUCAGUUCUGUCAGUGGAAGCUGAUUUAAGCUCUUCUGUUUUGAUGCAGGUCCUCAGCCUUGGGUUCUGCACUAAUCUCAUCAUUCCUGCAGACUCACUGUCUGUGGCCUUAUAACAUUCAGAGGUUAUUAUCCUGGUGACAGGUAUCUGCUCUGUGGCUCAGGCCUGGCGUAGUUGUAAGGAUGGGGAAUUUGAGCAUAGCCCAGGGCAGCAGUGGUGAACCUUUUAGAGCUGUCAGUAAUCAGCCCGCUGCCCUGUGGGCGCCAUCGGUCUGCUACCAUCGGCCUAGGCAAAUUCACAGAAUUUAAAGGUCUGUUCAGCAACAAGUCAUCUCAGUGAAACACGUAGCUAUGUAAGCCAGUAUGAAAGGAGAGGAAAAAGAUGUCUUAACAUGGACAAUAUAAAGUUUUAUUGUGAAAACCUUUAAAAAGAAAUAAAGUAGUUGUGUGAUAAAUCUCCAAAUGCCCAGUAUCCAGAGUAAUAGAGCCACUAAUACUUUGUUAACUUUGUUCCAUUUUUUCUUAAUGACUUCCAGGUAAAUUAUACCCCUCUUGACGUUUCAUCAUGAACUAUUCCGCUGUGUGUCUUGAGCAAAGGACAUUUUCCCUUGGCGCUGCCUUGUCAUUGUCACGCCUAUCAAGGUGAACGGCCGUUCUCCGAUAUCACCCGUUACAGUCCAUACUCAGAUUUUCUGUGGCCCCCAAAUGUCUUUUAAUAGUUGCCUUCCAAGAUUCUUCUUUAAAAGUUUAUUUCUAAUUAUAAAUUAAAAGUAACUCCAGGAAGGCAGGGGGGAAAAGUCUUUAAAGAAACAAAAAACAAAGGCACUGUGAAAGCAGUGUCCGGAGAGACUGUGUACACAAAUUGUUUUUAUAAUGUGCCCCGUGGCUUCCUAGAAUGUGAAAGUAGCUUGCAGAAUAGUUGAGAUAGAUGUCACUACACUUUGCUUCAGAGACACUAGGUGUAAGAGUUCAUUGUUUUAAAAGGGUCAUAUUGAGGCUGACUUCUCUGAGUUGCUGUGCUUAGACUAGAGACAAUAAUGUAGCAUCCCCUCUCCACUUCUUCAGUGAAAAGAGAGGAAAGGAACAUAUGUAUCACACAUGUUCAGAGUGAAGACCAUUUACAUUCUCCGUGAGGAGCCUGUGCGUGUAGACAACACAUCUUGCCCGCUUACAGUUUACCCCAGACGUCACUCGGCAGUGUUGUUUAUGUCCUGCCUCUGCAGAGCAUCGCUUGAGCAGGCGUCAUUGCGACCAGCUGAUUCUUGUUCGUGUGAGACACACUCGUCUGCCUGUUUGGCUGUUAGGUACGGGUGGCCUCAAGCUUACGGGUCCUCUGCUCAGCCUCCUUACUGUUGGUGUGACAGCCGUGUGCCACACACCCAACUUACCUCGCUGUUUAUGUCCACUAUCUGUUGCAUGCUCUUUUACUUAGAACAUCGUAUCACCUUUGAUGUUCGUUUCUAGUGAAAUCUAGUAAGAAGUUCUGAUUGUUUUGCUAUUUGUCUUUAUUGGAUUUGUGAAAAAUAACCUGUAACUUUGUGCUACAAUCUAUAAAAACUCUUGUGGUAAAUGCAUUAGAUAUAAUUUUUAUACUUCUCCGGAACUUGGUGAUAUUCUUUUACAAUACAAAAUGGUCACAUUUGGGACACUGAAACUGAGUAGGAAAGAAUUGCCAAAAGAUGUGCAAAAGAAAAAAUAAAAAGGGAGAAAUGUUAGCAUAUCAGAGAGGAAAAGUCAGUGUUACAGAAUGAAAAGUCAAAAAAAAUUUCCUUAUCAUGAACUAUUCAUAACGCAGAAGUGAUUGAACUUGAAAGAAGAAACAAAACUAAAAAAAUCCAGUAGCAGUUGAUGUUUGUAGUAAUUUUAUGGGUGGCGUUGACAGUUGAUCAACAUCUAAAAGUCUGUCCUAUAGUCAAAUGCAAGGAAAAAUAGUAUUAUAAACUUUUUAUGUACCUUCUGGACCAAGCAAUAUGGAACUUGUUUGUAAUUUUUCAAACAAGGAAAUUCCAACAGUUAUUUAUAACUUAGAUUAGAUCUAAAAGACCAAAUAAUUGAAAAGUACAGGAUAGCAAAUCACCAAUCAAAUAUCCAUCAUUGACAUCUUCACAUCGUGGUUAGCAUUACUCACAGAAAAAGAAAAAGGCCAGCAUUUCAGAAUAAAGUGUGUUGUUCAAGAAAGAUAAUAAUACAAAAAAGAGUUUGGAAAGAAACUAAAUGGUACUGUCCAGAUUAUAAUGUUACAUUAUGUAUUAAAUAUUUGAGGAUAUACUGUUCCUUAUAAAUUUGAUAAAAUUGUCUUUAUAUUUCCUGUUAUGUAUAAAAAUUAAUGAAAAAGUAUGCAAUUUUUGGUCACCCCAUAUUUAAAUAAUUGGACUGGUAGGUGGUUAAUUCCUAUUUCACCUGCUUCCCUCCUGUCUCCAGGUCUCCUUCCUAUCUGAGAAGGAUUUGAAUUGUAUUCACAUUGUUACUUAUUAGGGUAUGUUUAAGAUAUAUAAUCCCUUGGGUAUGUUUUAAGGUAGUUAAGGUAUAUAAUCCCUUGUGUAUGUUUACAGUACUGAAAGAUCAAAUCAGUUUACCGUGGUGGUAGCUAAUCCUUUCACCAACUCCGUGAGGAUGCUGUUGUUUGAUUUUAUACAAGAGGAAACUGAGACUUAGAAAGGACGUAAGUGACUCAGUCAGCGUCAGGCAGCCAGUGAGCAGCACUGCUGGGGUUUGAGACCACGUCUUACCCCCAGAGUCCAUGCUGCUCACUACCUUCUACUGUAAGGAAUUUGUAGAAAUGCAUCAGAUUCUCAGAUAAGGAGGCAAAGAACAUGGCAGAUAACUCGCUAAAGAACUAGCUAAUAAGAUAUUCCAAAAACCUAUAUCCCUGGCCGUGUAUGACACAGUGAUAAUUAGGUGGUACACAGGAGUAUGUAAUGAUUCUAUGUACAGAGCACGUAGUGCUUACUAGUGUGUAUUUUUUUUUUUUUUUUUUGGUCUUUUUUCCUUUUUAUCGGUACCGGGGAUCGAACUCAUGGCUGCCUACUUGCAAGGCAGGCGCUUAUGCCGCUGAGCUAAAUCCCCAGCCCCCAGUAGUGUCUAUUUGAUGAGCAAACCUCAACAGGUAUCAAAAUUAACUGCUACCUUUGCAGAGCUGCUUGUUUUUUGCUUUUUCUAAGAGUAGAAAAUUUUAUUGGAGAAAAGGAAUGGGGAAUAGGGAUGGGGGAAUGAAUGGGGAACAGGAACAGCUCCUAAGAGUCAGGAGGGUCCCCGAACGGAUUACCAAUGAACCCACCUCAAAAAGGAAAUUUUAUAGUGAAAAUCAUGAGGCAGGUUCAGUGUGGGUCAAAAUUAUGAUCAGCCAAUAAGAUUGCAAGUACAGUUGCUUAGGUAAUACUGAUCUAAUAGUAGCAAUGGUGCAUGCGUGACAUCAUUAAUCUUGGUCAGUAAUCCAUAGUCUUAUUCUUGUCUUUAGUCUCGGCAGUCUUAGUUUAGGUGGGAGAGGAUGGCCCACCCCUAAUGAAAUAAUGGGCAAUCUGGAAGGGUGACAGCCACCAUCCCAAGCCUCUGUCCUUCCCUCAGGAUGUAGUGGAGCUAGCCAUUGUGACUGCAGUCUUAGGUGCACCUGCGACCACAGUGCAGAUGGAUUCUCGUCCUCUCACUGACUGCCUCCAGGACCAGCCCUGCUGACGGCCUACUGUUUUUCUACCUCCUCUAACUGUCUAAUACUGCCCCACCCCAGAAGAUGCAUCCCUGCCUGUGGUUGGGGGAGAGGGGUGAGCUUCUGUCCGGCCACUUUCAGCUGACCUGGGUAUGUGGAGGGGGAACCGCCACCAGGGGCCUUCUGUGGAGCCCAGAGCUUAGAAGAACGAGUUGUGUUGUGUGUGUGUGUGUGUGUGUGUGUGUGUGUGUGUGUGUGUGUGUGUGCUUAUGCUCUGAGGGGUCUGAGCAGGUGACUACCAGGCAGAGGAGAGCAGAAACAGGUUCACGGAACUCUGUGGGACUUCCUUUUUGUAGUUAUUUUUCAUUACAGCCAGAAACUUCUUUUAGAUCUGUUUGUAGACAUGAGGAAUGAGAAUGUGAUCUCUAAGGGAGGGAAGGCUCGUCAGUGCGGUUAUCCGGCGUAUGAAGUUGUUUUACACUCACUCACUGCUUCUAAGGAAAAUCUGCGAACAGUAUGCAGUGUUGACCACAGACAGUCCCUGAAGUGGAAAAAGCCUAGCAGGCACUAAGCGCAAGAUGCUGCCCGGGAGUGAGAUGUGGCCGCUUUGAGACCCACAUUGCCGGCCAGCUCAGGCGAUUUAUGUUCGGUUGGGAAGAAGCGAGAGACUGUCAGGUAUCAGGAGGUGUGUGGAUGCCAGGGUAAGAGCGUAAAGCCACAGAUGCCCUGAAGCCUUUUAAUGGCACAAACUCUGAAGUUCUGUCCCUUCAGUACAAUGAGGUUUCCAAAAACUUCUUCAGCUUCUUGGCCCCCUAACUUCUCAAAAACCUGUAAAUAACUCAAGAAGCUAUCUCAGCGCUCCUCUUUGAGUUUCCUUUUCCCCAUCCGGGCCUUCUGGCUCUGGUGCUCUCACACGGUGUUUUUAGUGUAACAGGGUGGUUUGUUUGGGGGGAAAGAGGGAAAGGAGGGUGGGCAGCUACUGUGAGGUAGUCGGGGCUUCAGAGCUGGAAACCUGGGGUUUGUGACCUUUGUUAUCUGGAAAGCUUUGGAACUUUAACUGUCCCUUCAAUGUUACCUCUUACAGUGGUAUUUCUGGGACUGGUUCCUUUUCAUUCUGGAAACUGCCAUAUUUCCACACUGAGAACUUCUCCCUCACAUGUAAGCUUUUGGAAAUGAUUGUCUUUGUUGUUUGUAUUGUUCCUGUUUUGUCUUUUAGUUGAAUAUGAUAAGAAGCGUGAAAUUUUUCUCCAACAUUAUCUUCUAACUCAUCUAAUUAAACUCUUGAUGUUAGCAUUCAUGCAGAUAGUUUCCAAGGAAUUUCUUGAUUUUUUGUUCCCUCUGUACUUUUUUCCACGGGUCUCUUUCUCAGGGAGCAGAUUUUCAGCCCUUUGUCUUGCAUUCUCUAUUUCUGAUUUUCUUUUUUCCACAUUUUGUUUGUGUUGCUUUAUCAUAACUGAAACUUUGCUCAGCUCUCUGAUACCUCUAUAUUAUCUAAAUCCAUUUAAGAAUGAGGCAUUCACAGUGCUGGGAGGUUUUGUGUGUGAGUGCAUUUUGUCAGCUGCUCAGCUUUACUGAGGCAAAGUGGAUGGGUACCCUGACAUUUUUUGUGUGUGGUAUUACCCAGUUUCACUCUCUGGAUGAUUUUCUUUCAGUUUUUCCAAAAGUGUUAUCUUAGCCAGGUGUAGUGGCGCUGGCCUAUGGGGGCUGAGGCAAGAGGAUCACAGCUUGAACCCAGCCUGGGUGACCUAGUGACUUACCAAGAUCCCACACCGAAGUAACAAAUGAAAUAAAAAGGGCUGGCAGUGUAGCUCGGUGUUCAGCUCCCAGUGUCAGGGCGGAAAGUCUUCAAGGCUGUUACCUGAAGUGAGCUGCUCGAGGGGCUGGCACGGCAAGCGAGCCGUGGCCCUUGCUCUCUUGGCUUUUCCCCACUUCUCACGCGCCCUCCUUUGCCCUGUACGCCCAGGGCUGGCCGCUCUCCUUUGGUUUUUACAUGGAACAGACUUCCAGGCUGGGCUGGCAUUGAGGAAGGGGUGAGACUGCUGCAGACUGUCUGUGAGGGGUGUGGUGCACCUGUGAGCAAACCAGGAGAAGCACUACUUGCCUUGAAGGGUUUAUAGUCUCCUGGGAAGAGAUGGAGACAGGCAUGAACGUGAGCAGGUCAGUCUUUGCAGGGGUGAGAGUGUGGUGGCACCCACCCAUCAUGCCAGCGCUCAAAGGCUGAGACAGGAAGAUGCCACGCGUCCCAGCCCAGCCUGGGCCACCCAGUGAGUGUGAGGCCAGUCUGAACUACACGUGAGACCCUUUCUCAGGAACCAAACCAAAAAGAUGAUGCCUUGGUAAAGAGUGGUUGGUGGAAGUGCCUCGCCCGGGGGAUAGAGGGCAGUGGUGGGCUGUGAGCGAGUUUCUAACGUGUUAUUUGGAAGUCACUGCAAAGUCCAGAGAGUUGGAGGAGUAAGACCAGGAUGGAGAACACUGUGCAGUUUACUCAGGCCGCGGUUCGCCUCAUUUGCUUCAUCUGCUCAUUCUCUCCCUCUUUCCCCUUUCCUGUCCCCCACUCCUCUCUCUCUGUGUACACACAGAUCUGGUUAAGGUUACGGUGAGGGUAUCUUUCCCCAUUAGCCCGUCCUUACGUGUAUAGCUUUUUCGCGUAGGGCUGUUCUCCUUUGUAACCACAGUACGUGUUUCAGUGCCGCUUAAUCUAGCGUUGCUGUGAUGCUUUAGUCUGCCUGCCAUUCUCCAGCUUGGUCUUUCGACCUGCCGAUACCCGUUUUGGUGUUUUGCCCUCCGCUCUGGGAUCCAGUCUGGAAUCGGGUAUCGCAUUUAAUUCUCAUUUCUCUUUAUUCUUAUCUCAAUAGCAUUCUUUUUUUUUUUUUUUCAUAAAACUGACAUUUUGAAGAAUACAGUUCCUUUUUUAACAAAAGGAAAAGAAAACCCUCAAUGAUGUUUGUCUUUUGUUUCCUCACCAUUACAUUGAGGUUGCAGUUCUGGGCUGUGAAACUGUGUAGGUGGUACUCUGGUCUUCGUAAGAUCACACCUCUGUGGCACAGAAUGUUCAGGUGAUGUAACUUUGAUAACUCAAGUCAAAAUGUUGUCCAAAAUUUCUCUAUAUGCUAUAUACUUACUAGUUUUUUCCUACUAAUUAAUAAAAUGUGUGAGGAGGUAUUUUUAAGUGUCCUGGUCUUCAUCAUCAUUUCCCUAGAUUUAACAUCCAUUGUGUAUCCUGCCUAAUCUUUACGUGACAGCUGCAAAAUGGCCUUCUCACCCCAGCAUUGCUCCACGUGGAUAGUCAGCCUUCAGUCUUCCGUAGAGAUGAGCUCUGCUUUCACAUUUAUAUUUGCAUUUGUAUUUAUCAACAUGGAUUUUUAAUUUUAUUUACUAAAAGUAUGCUUAGGACAUAAUUAGUGAUUUUACUCACAAACUUGCCCCAUAUUUGGCCACUGGGAACCACCUCACUGUGGCCCCAGUGUUAAGUAAAGUCAGCGGGCCUCCCUGAGAAGUAACUCCCACACAGGCCUCGCAGGGCACCAGGAUGCCAGGCGCUCCUACCGCCAAGGCUGGCUGGCCGGGAUGUGCCUGUUGAGAGAACAGAAUGCAGGCAGGAAGAAAGAAGGGAGUCUGGAGUCCUGGCAGCUCCCUGAAAGGCUUCGCUUUUUUACUCUAAGUGAGCAGAACGGGAUCCGACCUAGCUUUCAGCAGGAGCGCCCACCCUGCUAUGUUUGAAGUAGACUGUAAAAACGAGAGAGAGAGGAGGGAAGCCAGCAGUGAAGCCAUCGUGACACCUCAGGUUGGAGGUGAUCACAGGGAGCAGCUGAGCUGAGAGGAAGUGGGGGCCUGAAGGAAAAGCCGAGGGUAUCCUGCUUGAUUCAUAGCACAGUGUGAGAAAGGAGGAGCCCAGGACGACUGCGAGACUGCGUGGUGUCAGUGUCGGGCGGGCUGAGAAAGGGAAGGAAGGGCCAGCGCCCAUCAGCUGAAUGGCGGAAGACCAGAGGGAUUCGCUGUGGGGAAGGUCAGAGUACAGUCUUGGCAUUCCUUGAUCGAAGUGAUGUGUGGACCUCUCAAGUUAAGUGGAGAGGAGGAAAUUACAGUAAAAGAGAAAGGAGAAAAGAAGCUGGAUGUGGUGGCACACACCGUAUCCCAGCACUCUGGAGACUGAGGCUGAGGAGAGCAAAA